AGCCGCAUACGAUAACUCAGUAUCACUCAAUCCAGGCAGCGAUAUAGCAGCGUUUUAAAGCUUAAAGAUGUCUCGCGAAUAUCCUAAGGUCUGGGGAAAAUUCGAACGAAAUGUUGAGGGAAAGGCUCUACAGUUUGUAAUUGAGGAUGUCCCUAAAGCAAUGUGGGAUACAGCAGUGGAGUUUAUGCUCGGUAAUUACAUUGAAGAGGACGUUUGGUGGUCGACAGCUGGGACUGCACAAGAUCCAGACGCGAUUCAGGAGUACCGUGUUCUGUGGCAGUCUAUAAUUAAGCAGAAAAUGAGUCUGGCAUGUUUUCUUGUUGGGGAAAAUGACGAGAAAACUUUGGUGGGCGUCAACAUGUGCAUGCUGCAGGAAAAGGACAAAUUUGUCGAACAUAAACCGCCAAAAACAAAAGCAGGUCUGCUGUCGCUACGAAUGUUUGCCGAAGCUAUGAAGGUGAAUGCAAUUUAUGACAAAUACAAUGUUGCCUCAUACCUCAUGGGAGCUGGGCUCUCCACAGCCCCAGAGUACAGGCGCCUUGGUAUUUCUGUUGAACUACUCAAGUGUAGAAUGAUGCUUGCAAAGGCAAUCGAUCAGACUGUAACCGGAGGUAUAUUCACAAGUAUAUCAGCGCAAAAGGCAGCGGAAAAGGCUGGGAUGGAAUGUCUAUACGAAACCUCGUAUAAGGAGUUCGGGGUACAGUGCGAAAUCGAUUUUAACACUGACACCGAGUACUUGAAGAUUUUCGCCAAGAGAAUCGAAUAAAGAAACGUAAAGGAAAAUCUUCGAGGCUUUUAGUAUUCAGUUUACGACGUCAUAAUAAUACAGAUUGUAAACGCACUUAAAGAUGUUUUUGGACAUUGUAUAUCUUAUGUCUUGUAAUUUGAUAUAAAUAUAAACCUUUUUACUAA